AUUUAUUAGCUGCAGUCUUGUCUCAUAAAACCCGGAAGUGUUACGUUACUUCAUUUUAUUUCGCCGGUGGACGUAGUUAAACGAAAUUUGACAAUGCCGAGGGAAAAUUUGAAGGACAAAUUGGACGGAAAUGAGCUCGACUUAGGCCUGAACAAUCUCACAACAGUUCCUGUUAAAGAACUGGCUGCUCUUCCUAAAGGAACACACUUGGAUUUGUCAUGCAAUUUGUUGACUGAACUUCCAGACACAUUUUGCUCCUUGACCCAUCUGGUGAAGAUUGAUCUGAGCAAGAACUUGCUGGCGAGUCUACCGGAUGACUUUGGGAACCUGACCCGCCUCCAGCACCUUGAUCUCCUUGGUAACAAGCUCACAGUUCUCCCCAUGAGCUUGCACCAGCUGAAGAGUCUGAAAUGGCUCGAUCUCAAGGACAACCCACUGGUUCCGGAGCUGAGGAAAGUGGCCGGAGACUGUCUGGAUGAGGCACAAUGCAAGAAAUGUGCCACAGAUGUUGUUGCUCAUAUGAAAAUUGAACAUAACCGGAUUCAGAAGAAACUACAAAUUCAAAGAGAGGAAGAAAACAAACUCAAGGCUGCAGGAGAAGCACAGUUAGAAGAGGAAAGGAGGAGGAUAGCUGAGGAGAAGAAGAAGAAAAAAUGGGAUAAAAAGCAGGCACAGAAAGCUAAGAAGACUGGGUCAGAGACACCCGAACAACAUCGCCCUAAAGCAGUUGAACCUAAAGCUGCUGCUGUUAAACAGCCCAAGAAACGUCAAACACAAGAACAAAGCGCGGGUUGCUGUUUCAAACUAUUGUUCAGUAUAUGUCUGAGCCUAGCUCUCCUUGUAUCAACAUAUGGAGGAAUAAUAAUCUACUGUCAGAACUAUGACAGUGAGUUCUGUAAUAUCAUAGGGUACGAAGAACGUAUCGUUCCAUUCACACGGACAUACGUCACUCCCUAUGCAAUGCAAGGGAAAGAAUAUCUGGUUAUGGCAGGAAAAGAGGUUGAAAAAGUGUAUCAAAACGUCAAUGUUUGGGCCCAGGAAAAUGUACCAAAGUAUGUGGCAAUUAUGAAAGAGAAAUGGAAUGACCUCUGUAUUUUUGCUAUCAAUCAGUAUGAGAAGUUCACAGGAAAAGAUGAGGCCACUGCUAAACCAACCACUUCAAAACCAACGACCACUACUACAACCCUAAACCUCCAACCACUACAACAACACACCUAAACCACCACCACUACUACAACAACAACAACACCGUAAACCACCAACCACUACUACAACAACGACCUAAACC